UAUUUAAGUUAGGAGGCUAGAACGUAUUUCCUUUAGUAUUUAGCUUGAUUUACAACUUUUAAAUAUUCAGACAAAAAGUAUGCGGGCCUUCACUAAUACUUUUGACGGGGCCUCACAAAUACGGGUGGUCUGCCCCUUUCCUUACGUCCCACUUCUUUCCGCAAAUUAAAUUGCUACAGCAGGAAAUUACUGAACUGUGGCUCUUCUCCUACGUCCGCCUUCGCUGUGUCAAUUCCCAUUUCCCUGGAUUUCUCAAAUAGUUAGGACUCUAAAGUCUAACUUUGUUAAUUUCGACGCCAAGCUGGAAUGAAGACGCUAACUGGACGCCAAAAACAGACGCUGUUACCACACAAGGCCUCCAACUGGGAAGGCUCCCAACGAGCUCCGCCCACCCCGCCCCGUCCGCGGCACCGUGGCAUCCUGGGACAUGUAGUCUUUGGAGGGGCAGCUGCCUCCACCAAGUCUCCUCCCCCAAGACGCUGCCUUUCGGCCUCGGGACGCCGUGACGCUGCGUUCCUGCAGUCCCUUGCCACCUCCCUCUUUCUUCCCGUCUGGGGAAGCUCAGUGCUGGACUUCCGAAGACCUUUUACGACAUUGGGUCUCAGAGUUGGUCUCAGCGCGGGAUCCACUUUUCGGCAAAGUGACGUGGACGUCAACAGCAAUGGCGGAAGGAGAAGAGGUCCUGCCGCUGCCAACGUCGAGCGGCGACGGCUGGGAAAAAGAUCUUGAAGAAGCUCUGGAAGCAGGAGGUUGUGAUCUUGAAACUUUGAGAAAUAUAAUUCAAGGAAGACCACUGCCUGCUGAUCUGAGGGCCAAAGUUUGGAAGAUUGCUCUGAAUGUUGCAGGAAAGGGUGAUAGUUUGGCAUCAUGGGAUGGUACUUUAGACUUGCCAGAACAGAACACUAUUCACAAAGAUUGCCUGCAGUUUAUUGACCAGCUUUCAGUGCCAGAGGAGAAGGCAACAGAAUUACUUUUGGAUAUUGAAUCUGUAAUUACCUUUUAUUGUAAAUCACGUAACAUUAAAUAUAGCACAUCCCUUAGCUGGAUACAUCUACUCAAACCAUUGGUGCAUCUUCAACUGCCACGCAGCGAUUUAUACAACUGCUUUUAUGCCAUAAUGAAUAAGUACAUUCCCAGGGAUUGUUCCCAGAAAGGGAGACCAUUUCAUCUCUUCAGGUUGCUCAUCCAAUACCAUGAGCCUGAGCUUUGUUCUUAUCUUGAUACAAAGAAAAUUACUCCAGACUCCUAUGCACUCAACUGGCUUGGAAGUCUUUUUGCAUGUUACUGUUCCAUUGAAGUCACUCAGGCAAUAUGGGAUGGAUAUCUACAACAAGCAGAUCCAUUUUUUAUUUAUUUCUUAAUGUUAAUUAUCCUUGUUAAUGCAAAAGAAGUUAUUUUAACACAAGAGUCAGACAGCAAAGAAGAAGUUAUCCAGUUCUUGCAAAAUACUCCAUCCAGUCUGAAUACAGAAGAUAUAGAAGACCUUUUCUCUCUGGCUCAGUAUUAUUGCAGCAAAACACCAGCUUCUUUUAGGAAGGAUAAUCACCAUCUCUUUGGUAGUACUUUGUUGGGAAUUAAGGAUGAUGAUGCAGAUCUGAGUCAGGCUCUUUGUCUGGCCAUCUCAGUGUCAGAGAUCCUUCAAGCAAAUCAGCUACAAGGGGAAGGAGUCCGGUUCUUUGUGGUGGAUUGCCGUCCUGCAGAGCAAUAUAAUGCUGGGCAUUUAGCAACUGCUUUCCACUUAGAUUCAGAUCUGAUGCUCCAGAAUCCAUCUGAGUUUGCACAGUCAGUAAAAUCCUUGCUGGAAGCACAGAAGCAGUCCAUUGAGUCUGGAUCCAUAGCUGGUGGGGAGCACCUCUGUUUUAUGGGCAGUGGCAGGGAGGAAGAAGACAUGUAUAUGAACAUGGUCCUGGCACACUUUUUACAGAAAAACAAAGAGUAUGUGAGUAUUGCCAGUGGAGGAUUUAUGGCACUGCAGCAGCACCUGGCAGACAUUAAUGUGGAUGGACCAGAAAAUGGAUAUGGCCAUUGGAUUGCUAGUACCUCAGGCUCAAGGAGCAGUAUCAAUUCUGUUGAUGGUGAAUCUCCUAAUGGCUCAAAUGAUAGAGGAAUGAAAUCACUAGUAAAUAAAAUGACUGUGGCUUUGAAGACAAAAUCCGUUAAUGUCAGGGAAAAAGUUAUCAGUUUUAUAGAGAAUACAUCAACUCCUGUGGAUCGAAUGUCUUUCAAUCUUCCUUGGCCAGACAGAUCAUGUACAGAGCGGCAUGUGAGCAGCAGUGACAGAGUGGGCAAGCCUUACCGUGGUGUAAAGCCUGUUUUCAGCAUUGGGGAUGAAGAAGAAUACGACACAGAUGAAAUUGACAGUUCUUCAAUGUCAGAUGAUGAUAGAAAAGAGGUUGUAAACAUUCAGACUUGGAUAAACAAGCCAGAUGUCAAACAUCAUUUUCCUUGUAAAGAAGUAAAAGAAAGUGGACACAUGUUUCCCAGUCAUCUGUUGGUUACUGCAACACAUAUGUAUUGUUUAAGGGAGAUUGUUUCACGGAAAGGAUUGGCUUAUAUACAGUCUCGACAAGCGCUGAAUUCUGUAGUUAAAAUUACAUCCAAAAAAAAACAUCCUGAACUCAUUACCUUCAAGUAUGGAAAUAGCAGUGCUUCAGGAAUAGAAAUCUUGGCAAUUGAAAGGUAUUUGAUUCCAAAUGCAGGGGAUGCUACUAAAGCCAUAAAACAGCAGAUCAUGAAAGUUUUGGAUGCUUUGGAAAGUUAAUAUAAAAGAAAAUUAUUUAAAAAGAAAUUAAGACAACCAAGAGAAACAUGGACAUAUACUUCCUGGUGAAUACUAACUGGAGACCUUUCAUUUGCUCAUGGGGCUGCUUAAAUAGCACGUCUGAGAAAGCGUAAAUUAUUAUAAUCAAUCUGUGGACAGUAAACUUUUUAAAAAUGUUUCUUUUGCAUUUUGGUUUUAUAAAAUGAUGUAUUAUAAAGGUCAGUUAUUAAAUUACUUUGAUGUAACUGACCCUGUGCCCUUAUGGGCUAAGUAAGGAUACAGAAUGCAGUUCUGUUUUGAAGAGCUGUUUUAAGGGAACAUGCAUCACUUUCGGGUUCAAAAACAGCUAUACACGUACAUAUCUGCAGUGUCUUCACUGAAAAUUAGAGAUAGAAUUAGUUGAGGAGACUUCCUUAAUUGCUAGAUUGUUUUACCCACUGAGCAAUAUCAGAAACUAAGAACAUAAAUAAUUCACUCACUGUUUCUGUUCUUAAGAAGAGUGAAAUCUUUUUAAUGGAAUGGUUGAAGAUUCCUGCCAACUCAAAAUACAGUACAGCUAGUAAAAUGUUGAAACAUCAUUUUCUAAAUCACCUUUGCUCCAUUGGCUAAUUAUUUGGACACUAAAUGCUUCAAAGAUAAGAAACUUCAUCCUAAUGAUUCUAAAGAGCAGUUGAAAGCAUUAAAAUAAGUAGGUAGGCUGUUAAGAUUAACAUUUUGGGGACAGAAUUGUGUCUGUAAAAAUGUCGUUGGUUUUUAUUACAAGUAGAUUAUUUGAUUUAUAUUUUAAAACAAGUGUUUAAGCCACAUUGAUUUGUCCUCAUUGGGGAUUAUGGUCUGUAACCACAGUAAUAUCCACUUAUAUAAAUGCCAAAUAAUCAGAGAGCUUAUAAAGUACAAUUGUUUUUGUCAUCAUUUUCUGAAUUUCUUUCCCUUCUUUUGGUUUUAUCCUCUCAUUGAAGUUCCAGUGGUUUGAAUUUAUUUUUGGACACAUUGUCUUAAUGUACUGAAAAUUGCUCUGCUGUAUUUUGCAGAGUUCUUCAUUUCAUGUAUAGUGGUCCAUAUUAGACACAUUUGGUAAGAGAAAUCCAGGAACACAUUUAGGGCCAUGGAAUGAUAUUUUGUAAAAUCCAUUUGGGAAGUUGCAAUACCCACAAUCUGACAUGUCCUAAAAUGUAAUGGAUUAUCUCUAAGGGGUUGAUGGAAGAAAUAUUUAGAUGUACCUGGUUAACAGCCAGUCAUUUUGAUUUACUUAUGGAAAUCAAGUGAAUAGAAGGCAACAUAAUUCAGGAAAUCUUAUUCUAAUAUCUAAUAGAAACAGUUUGAGUGGUUGAAGACAUCUGCAUGAAAUUGCACCUGGGUGCAUUAUUUGGUAUAACUCUCCCCUAAAACUGUCGUAUUGCAUUUUUCCCUUUUCUUGGCACCCCUUUAGAAAUGUGCUGAAGUCUCAUUUUUCACCCAUUUCAGCCAUGGGACAUUUUUCAUAAUAUUAAUGUAAAGAUGUUUGUGUUACUGUUUAUAAAUUACAAUUGUAAAUAAAUUAAUACAGUUUGC